AUGCAUCAUCCGGCGAAGAUCUGGAGGAACGCGCUACAGUUGCUGGUAUUCACGACCUACCAUUCUUUAUCUACUCGUCCUCCACAUAUUCAGUGGCCCCCAUCGAGCAACACUGACUUGGGGACUGCAAUCUCCCCCCCUUCCCCCCCCCCCCACGACGACGGCGAACAUGGGCAACGUCGCUGCUCCGAUACAAGCUCCUGCUAGUGGUGGCGCGGGGCCAAACAGUCAAGUUUGCAACGCGCAUUUUUGAAGAAGCUGGAGACUCAACAGGCGAUGAGUGAUCUUGGGAAAGGGAAAGGUGGGAGCGCUAGUUAGGGUAGCAGCUAAUAUAAGUAUAUUCUUAGUGAA